AUGGCGAGCAGGCCACGCCGCUGGUAAGCCAACCUUCUUUUUCCUUUUUUUUUUUUCUUGGGUGAUGACUCAAGCUCAGCAAUGCCAAAAGCAACAUGAUCGAGAAGCCUGACGUACCGUCUUUUUGUAUCAGCCUAUAUCGAACCUUAUGUAGUGAUAUAUGGCGGAGUGGAAGAUCCUACCGCCAACUACGGAGACACUGUCAAACUGCGUGGGUCCAAUAGUUUGUGGGUAUGGGACUCGCGCACCGGUGCUUGGUAUAAUCCGACGGCCUCCGUUCAAGCCGAAGUAGGCAACGAAAUGCAUCCUCAGAUAUUCUGCAAAGCCUCGGAACUGUCCAGUCCCGGUCAAAUGUUGGUCAUCGUCGCUAAUACUACGCAUGCCGGAUAUGAGGGCAUGCUGCAAAAAUUGGAUACCAACAGUUGGAGUUGGACAUUUCCCACCUCGAGUCUUUUACCACCCGCCCGUGCCAUUGGAUACACGCUGGCCUUGGUGAACAAUACCUUAUAUUCUUACGGCGGGAGUUCCGUCGAUCAAUAUGGAUACCCCAUCACAAGCGCCAUCUUGAAUGCUUUAUCGUUAAUGGAUACCAAUUCCUUUGGAUGGUCGCCAGGAGCCAACGGCGUGGGCGUUACUGAUCAUGCCAUGUGCUAUAUAAAAUCCUGCAAUUGCCUGAUAUCUUUUGGAGGCACCCCGACAGGAUCUCCCAAUGAUGUAACUCAGACGGUUUAUGUAUUCGAUCUAGGAACCAAAACAUGGAAUCUUCAGGUGGUACCAACAUCGGUCAGUGGAGCCAUCCCUGGCGCCCGUCGAUUGCAUACGGCCAACUGUCUGGACGAUCGAAUGAUCAUCUACGGAGGUGGCACCACACAGCCUUACGAUUCCGACAUCUGGACCUUGUCCGCAGCACAGUACCCCAAACUCACCUGGGAACGCAUCUCCGCCAACAACAUCACUUCCAGUCCCAAUCAGCGCAUGGGACACAGUGCGGUCAUGGAUCCGAAAACCAAAAAGGUUUACAUUUUCGGUGGAUGGGGAGCGCGAGCCACGAAUGACAGCAAUAUGUACGUUCUUGACACUCAGCAUUGGACGUGGUCCCAUGUACCACCCACCGGUUAUCCUUUGUCAAUCAAACCUUCGUCGACGUCCUCGCCUGUACCUUCAUCGACAAAUACCCAUGGCAACCAAUCGAAAACGGAUACGACGCCCAUCAUUAUCGGAAGUGUCGUUGGUGGGGUAGCCGCCCUGGUGAUUGCCGCCAUUAUUGCGUUUUGUUGCCUACGACGACGCAAGUCCAGAGCCUCCAAGAGGGAGGACAUACGUGAGACAUUAAGUACCACCGAUCGAGCCAUGUCCAAACACGAUCUCUGGACCGACGAUCAUCGGCACACGGAGGACGAGGAAAGUAGAAAUCAACGAGACAACAACAACGGACUACGAUCAUUCCACACCCGAUCUGGAUCCGAUCUCACAUGGAUGUCCGGCCCGAAUUCCAAACGCGUUUCGCGUGCCUGGACGAGUAACAGUCGAUUGUCGCGACCGUCGGAAAUUGGUGACACCCACAAAGUUGUGACAGGCACAUUGGAAGAAAUGAUCCCUCCUCCGUCACUGAUGCUCGACGAAUACGGCAUGUCAAGUUCAGGCACACGCAGUUCCAUGGGAUCGUUACCAACGACGCAAGCUCCUUCCACUCCACUGAUCCAUGCGAUACGAGGCGAAGGCCAGCCACCCAAUGAAAUUACACAGCAAAAACCGAAUGAGUUCUCGCGGCCUAUCCGCGAUUUCAUUGAUCAUUGUGUUGUGCCGCCUCGGGCGUAUCCAUUGAGUCUCAGUCUGUCGUCGACGUCGGGUGCGCCUCUCAGUAGCAGUAUGGAAGUGUUACGAAGCGUGAAAACCAAUGGAAGCAGUGUGAUGCAUGAACCCAAUCGCAACCGUGUAAGAGUGGUGCAUGCCGUCGCUCCUUCCGGCUCAUCGGCUAAACCAAGCGAUGCCGACGAUACAUCCACUCUUCCUGACUCGGUCUCGGUUGGAGGCUCCAUCUCGCCUCUUCGCUACAUCAAACCCGGUGCACGCCGUUUCAGUAUUGCUACGACAGCCACCGAGGCCACUUGGAAUAAAAGUGGCAAACACUCUACGACGCUCACUCAGCCUCACUAUCCAUCCUCGGCCCUCAGCAGUGCACCUACAGCCCAUCUCGUCACCGAUGAACACUAUACGGACAUGGACAACGAGGCAUCUCCUCCUUCUCCUUCUCCUUCUCAUCCUCCAUUACCGUCGUUUUCUCCGGGAAUCUAUGGAUCGGUGAGUCCCCUGGACCUGAUUGCCAAUCUCGGAGUGGAUCACGAUCAUGAGCGAACCGAGGAAACGAGUUGGCAAGAACUCAUUGAUCAAGUGGCUCCCGCCGCUCCCACGUCUAAUAGCACCUGGGCCCACGUCCUUCCCCAGCACUUUAAACUGGAAAAGUCCAUUCCAGCGAUUGAGGGACCGGCCAAUACCAUUCUGUUUGUACGCAUGCACGACAAAGGCACAUGGAAAGAGACGGUUAUCAAGGCGUUUCAGAGACGCGAAGCUUGGGAACGAGAGUGCCGCACAUUGACAAAACUGAAAUCUCAAUAUGUUGUGGAAUUGCUCCAAGUGCUCACCAUUAGUGGCGGCAGCGCGGCAAGUAACGACAGUGGUUCCAGUUCCGUAUUGACUCGAUCCCACACCGUCAAUGAGGACGACGGUGUGACUUAUGCUACAGUACUGGAACGGUUGGAAUCAACGCUAAGUACCUGUCUCCGCGAUGAACCAUUAAACGUGCGUCAGGUGGCACGCGAAAUUGUCGAAUGCUUGGCCUGGUGUCAUGAAAAUGACAUUGCAUUCUGUGAUUUGAAGCCCAGCAACAUUAUGCGAGACAAGGAGAAAAGAUGGAAAUUGAUUGAUUUCGAAGCUUGUCGUAUCAUCGGUCAAGAAUGCGUAGGUGUGAUUACACCGAGAUACUGUCCUCCCGAAGUGGCCAGAGCUACCACCUACGGUCGUGAAGGAGCCAAUGGUGUGGUGGCCACCGCCAGUGUCGACUUGUGGGCACUUGGCUGCGUCAUUUUUGAACUGGAAACCAAACGACUCUUGUUCUCGAGUUCCAUACGAGAUGAAACCAUUUUGCAUUUUAUAUCCCAUCCUUCGUCAUCCACGCCCACGUUGAAGAACGGAUUGCGAUGGAACAGCCAGCGUCAGCUAGAGAUACCCAAUUUUGACCAAAUGGUACCGAAUUUCCACACACGACAAGUGAUUGAAACCUUGCUACAUACCGAACCUUCCAAACGUGGCAAUUUGACCAACUUACUGAAACAUCCUUAUUUUGCUGCUGCUUAACCUUGUGUCUUGAGACAACAUACUAGCUAUAUCGAUUAAUGAUAACCGAUUGUAAUUAUUCAGUUUUAUUUUUGUAACUAAUGCCAAAAUUGAAAGAAAAUACCCCAAAAAAAAAGUUCAGGGCUUUCUUUUGUCCAUCAAUUUCAUCCCGACGGCAAAAGUGCAUAUCAACAUUUUGAUCAGCUCAACCCUUGCCCUACGGAUGGCGGAGACUUAAUUUACGGGUGAUGUCGAACAAAAGCGGAAGUUUUCUUGUGAAUUUCAUUGGACAUGUAUUCAAUUCUGGCAAUUUCUGGCACUAUCGAGCAAUGAACGGGCUGCCACAUGUUAUAAAUAUUUCAUGCGAGCGGUGUCUUCUUUUUUCUUUUGUUUCU